AUCACAGAGGUGCUGAAACCAGCACUUAUAUGUCUAAAAUAGGGACUUAGAUGCCUAACUUUUUUUUGUGCAGUCAGGGUUAACAUACUCUGAUCACAUUCAAGGUUGGCUGCCUGCUGCUUUUUGAAGGAAAAUUGCUUUCAUUUUUACUAUUGUAUUUGGUUAAUAAAUAACUACAAAAAUGUGUAAACUGAAAGUACAAACUUCAACUGCAAGGAAAAAUAUCUGUGAAGACUGAAUAAUUCCUCAAAGCCACAAUCCAUGUAAAGCACGUAGGACCCUGCUAUGCAGGGCCUGGGAGAACCUCAUAAUAUCUGCCGCAGCAUGCUGCCUUUUGAGGAGUUUGUUGACGUACUGGUGUUUUGAAUUUCUGCCAAGCAAUGGAUUCCUUAUUCCUGUGGAUGACAGCUAUUCACAUACUGACUUUUCUACAGACACCCUACUUGAUAAGAGGUGAAUAUAAAAUAAUUCACCCUGAAUUGCCUGUUAUUGGAUUCCUUGGUGAAAAUGUUACCCUGCCUUGCCAAGUGAUAGCCAUGAGUAUCCCUGGGGACAUCACUCUCCACUGGAGUCUGGUUCAACGCCAGGAAAAUAUAGAUGUGAGUUCUUAUAACAGAGGAACCAAAGAAGAAAAACAGGAUCAGAGAUACCAGGAUCGAACAGAGUUCUUUCACCAUGAAAUGAACACAGGAAACAUGUCUCUAAAGCUGAAGAAUGUCCAGGCCUCUGACACAGGGAAUUACAUGUGUCGAGUGGUUUCUGAGAACUGGUAUGAUGAGGUGGUGAUUGAACUGCAUGUGACAGCUAGAGGUAGUGAGUCUUCCAUUUACCUGGACAAUUAUGCAGGCCAGGGGAUCGGCCUCACCUGCAAGUCGGAAGGAUGGUUCCCUGAGCCCGAAGUGCUCUGGAUAGACAGUAAAGGACAUAACCGAACAGAAAAGCCGACCACCAUCAACACAAAGACACUGCUGGAAACCUACAUUAUUGAAAGUUCCAUUAACAUAGAACCAGAAUCGGACAAUGAAGUCUCCUGCAAAAUAAUCAACAACAUACUAAAGACAGCCAGCGAGUCUAGAGUACUGAUUUCAGAUGUUUUCUUCCCAACCACCUCCCCUUGGAUGGCUGCUUUCCUGGUCAUUUUAUUUCUUAGCAUAGCCCUUAUUGCUGCUGUAGGGUAUAAACUGAAAAAGAAUAAUGACACAACAUCUCAAUCAGAAACUGAGAAGAAAACAAUGGAAGAAGAAAAAGAACGCCUGCUCUCCACACUAGAGACAAACAAAUCCACAGAUCAAGUAGCAAUUCAGGACAUACAAGCAAAUAUUGAUCUACUCUCGGGAGAGCUGGAAUUCAGAAGAGCUCAGAGCUAUGCAGUUCCCAUCACUCUGGAUCCGGAUUGCAAACACCCAGAAGUCAAACUGUCAGAGGAUCAGAAAAGAGUCUGGCAAGAACCUGCAUCUCCUGAGCUGGAUGCAGCCUCCGGGGCCCUGCUCGUGGUGGCGAAGGAGGGAUUUGUGGCAGGGAGGCAGUACUGGGAGGUGGAAGUGGGGGAGGAACUGGACUGGGAGCUGGGGGUGCUUAGUCAGUCAGCGAGGGACAGAGUGAAAAGAGAGAAGGCAGAGAAACUCCCUGAGGAGGGAUAUUGGUUUCUGAAGAGAUCCCAGGGAGUUUUUCUUUCAAGCAUAAAAAAUGAUAAGAUUGAAAAGAAGGAAAUGCCAUAUGAAGUGAUUGGUGUAUUACUGGAUCAGGAAGAGGGAAGAAUCUCAUUUUAUAAUGCAAAAGUGAUGUUCCUCAUCACAACUAUCCCUGCAGAGCUUACUAAUAACAUUUUGUAUUACCCAUUCCUCGGUCCCAGGAACAACACAGGCAAGGAGAAACCAUUAGCAAUCCACCCCAUCAGAGUCCCUAUUCCUUUAAAGCCUCUGAGAAAGGAAAAAUGAUCUCUAGUUACUUUAGAGAAGUAAAAUUCAAAACAGAGGGGAGAAGGGAAUGUAAACAUGUGAAACACCAGAAACAGUAAAAUAAGGAAAGUAGAAACUGAUGAUAAAAUAAAACACAUAAAACAGAAGAAAAAGGACAAAAACGCUUGUCAUAGGCCUGUUGACUCAGAAGUCGAAAUCAAUAAAUUCUGAAAGGAAUGAGACUUGUCUUCAUAGAAGUAUUUUUAUUUAACUUUCUGUUGCAUUUUUUUAAAAUAGGAAAAUACUUUAAUGACAAAGUCUUGGGGGGAUGUGUUGAGAGGGAAGGGAAAUGAAAUUGUGAUUUGCCAAGCAUUGUAGCAAUAGUUAGAAAAGACACCAUUAUGGAUGGCUACCCAAAAGAAGAGGAUAUAAUCUUGCAAUUAUUCAGUUGCUGGUUAGAAGUUAUAUAGGAAUGGUUAUGAAGAAAAAUUAAAUUUCUAAUACAAACCCUCAAAAAGCAUAUUAGCUCUCCCCUGUGACAUCUAAAGCAAUACUAGGAAGACAGUUUGAUUAUGCAAUACAGAAAAUUAAAAAAAUUAAGGUUAUUAGUAGAGUCUAAUUUUAUGCCCUCUUGGAAGUCCUCAGAUGUUUUCUGCUGCCUUUUUAAGUGGUUAGACCUCAAAGAGUCAUGUUGUCAUUAUGAUGUAUUUUUUAUUAAACUGUCCAUAUUUCAUUAAACACGGAA